AUGGCGGGGAAAGUGGCGAAGGCAGCUUACGAUGCGAAGAUGGGGAAGCUCCUGAGAGAGUACAAUCAGGUGGUGGUGGUUGCAUCAGAUAAUGUGGGGUCGAACCAGCUUCAAGGGAUACGAAGGGGGCUUCACGCUGACUCGGUGGUUGUGAUGGGGAAGAACUCUAUGAUGAAGCGCUCAAUCAUGUUGAAUGCUCAGAAGACCGGCAACAAGGCCUUCCUUAACCUUGUUCCCCUUCUUGUGGGGAACGUGGCGUUGAUUUUCACAAAAGGUGACAUGAGGGAGGUUAGCGAACAGAUUGUCAAGCACAAGGUUGUUCAUCCUAUUCUCAUGUGCCCCAAGUUCUUGUCGUAUGACACAUACCACAAUUGUUCCUUUUUGCAAUCAGGACAAUUACCUUUGGGCCUCACUUGUUGUAAGCAGCAGUCUUCCCAGGCUUCUGAGCCUUUUCUUGUAUCCUCAAAAUUCUUGCCGCACCAACAUUGUUACUUAAUGAGAUCAAGACAGUUCUUGUUGACUAGUUUAUGGGCUCCUUUUCUCCUUUUGGCUAGUAACUUGUGA